AUGGCAUCGUCGCCCUCGUACCGCGUCGGCGUCGACGUCGGCGGCACGAACACCGAUGCUGUGAUCCUCGACGUCCGAGAUGCCAAUGGACCCAAGCGUGGCAUCCUCGCAUUCUGCAAGACUCCAACGACCGCACCCAAUGUCACCGACGGCAUCGAGACCGCGGUGCGCACUGUGCUGGAGCAGAGCGUUGUCGCGCCCAGCGACAUUGGAUGUCUCACCAUAGGAACGACGCACUUCAUCAACGCCAUUAUCGAGCAUGACGCUCGCCGCCUGGCGCCGGUCGCCAUUAUUCGUCUGUCCAAAUCCUUCCUCCGAGAAGUGCCCCCCUUCUCAGAUUUCCCCCCGGCGCUCGCCAAAAUCAUGCAUGGCUACUAUGGCUAUGUAGACGGCGGGUUGCAUAUCGACGGAUCCCAGGAAUCCCCAAUCGUAGAAGAGCAAGUCGUCAAGCAGUGCGCUGUGAUCCGCGAAAAGGGGAUCGACGCCAUCGCCAUCUGUGGCAUCUUCUCUCCGAUUGAUGAGCAUUUCCACCAGGAGCAAAAAGUCCGCGAUAUCGUCUUGCGCGAGAUACCGGGGGCCGACGUCGUUUGCUCGUCUGAUGUUUCUCAGAUCGGGUUUUUGGAGAGAGAAAAUGCGGCUAUUCUGAAUGCCUCCAUCAUGAAGUUUGCCCGUCGUACGGUCCGUGGGUUUCGAGCGGCCAUGAAAAGGCUGAAUCUCAACUGUGCCUUGUAUCUCACUCAAAAUGACGGCACUUUGAUUGAUGCACCCUCCGCUGCGCGUCUCCCCAUUCGCACAUUUUCGUCGGGCCCGACGAAUUCAAUGCGCGGCGCGGCUUAUCUCGCAGAGGGCACGGGAGAGCGAACAAGCAAGAUCGUGGUUGAUAUUGGAGGCACUACAUCGGACGUGGGAGUUUUACUGCCUUCUGGAUUCCCCCGUCAGGCAUCGGCCUACGUGAGCGUUGCGGGCGUGAGGAUCAAUUUCAGCAUGCCGCAUCUCGAAUCAAUUGGGCUUGGAGGAGGGUCCAUCAUCCGCGUCAACAACGACGACGACAAGGUCUCUGUCGGACCGGAUUCAGUCGGGCAUUUUCUACAGUCGAAAGCUAGAGUAUUCGGUGGUGACACACUGACGACGACGGACAUUGCCGUGAAAGCGAAGAAAGAAGAGAUCGGAAACCCGGAUCUGGUCAAGGAUUUAGAGGAGAACAUUGUAUCCCGCGCCCAGGCCCGGAUGAAGCUGAUGCUGGAAAAAGUGAUUGACCAGAUGAAGACGUCCCCUGCACCACUGCCCGUGCUCCUGGUGGGUGGCGGCUCUGUGAUUGCGCCCACCGAGCUGGAGGGCGUGUCGUCUGUGGUUUGCCCUCCGUUCCAUUCGGUGGCCAAUGCAGUAGGCGCUGCCAUAGCCAAGGUCGGCGGAACGGUGGACUUUAUCCAGAGCAGCACCAAUAAACCUAUCAGUGAAAUUGUGGAAGAAGGCAAAAAGAUGGCAAUUGAACGUGCCGUCGAGGUUGGAGCAAGUCGCGAGAGUGUGUAUGUCGCCGAGGUGGAUGCCAUUCCACUGCAGUACGUAAACAACAACGAAGUCAGAGUGAUCGUACGGGCCGUCGGUGAACUGUCUGACGAGAAUGUGUCAAAGAUGAAGGAAAGCAACGCGGUUGAGAGUAAUGGUGAUUCGGAAGAAGGCGGAGAUGAGAUAUAUCAAGAAGCCGAUAAAACCCAGUCAGCUUCCACAGAAGAAACCACAAAGUCUAGCAUAGAUAUCAACUCUUAUAAGCCCAGCGUUGUCAAGAGCCCCGAAACUGGAGUGGACGAGUGGAUUAUCAGUGAAGUAGACCUGGAAUGGCUCUCUGAUGGCUGUUAUGUACUGGGAUGCGCUGGCGGAGGUUCCCCGUUCAGUGAAUUCCUGCGUCUUCGAGACCAGGUUCGAGCUGGGUAUACGAUGAGAGUGGUCGAUGCUUCGUCGUUAAAAGACGAUGCAAUUGUUUACUGGGGCGGCCACAUGGGAUCGCCAGCUGUGUCAACAGAACGACUAGCAAAUGACGAGACGGAACAGGCAGUUGUUGAGCUCAUGGAAUACUAUGGCCAUAAAAAGAUUGAUGCAUUCAUAGAUCUUGAGAUUGGCGGAGGGAAUGGCUUGCAAGGCCUGGCUCUGGGGUCGACCAAAAACCAGGGAUGUCCAACCAUAGACGCAGAUUUCAUGGCCUACCUAGGCCGUGCGUAUCCUACCUACUGGCAAACCACCCUUUGCGCAUUCGAAGAAGCCGCCCUCGUCCCCUGUGCCAUUGCCUCUGGGGACGGCAAGACAAUCCUAAUGACCAAGACAACGAACGAUGAAAUCGUCGACCGGGCUUUGCGUGCAGCCUGCUCCGAGAUGGGGUCGCGCGUUGGCAUGGCUGCAAAACCGACCACCAAGCACGCCGUGGUCAACUACUCGGUUCUCAACACAGUGUCUCUGGCCUGGCGAAUUGGACGCACCAUUGCCUGCGCCCAUGCCACGAACACUAUCAGCACCGUGGCCGAACAAAUGAUUGAGGAAUGCGGCGGUCCCAACGCGGCCAAGAUCUUGUUUCGAGGAAAGAUCAUCUCCGUUGAGCGGCGUCUGUUCAAGGGCCAUUCUCACGGCGAACUAGUCAUUCAGCAGGUCGAAACAAGUGAGCAGGAGGACAUGAGCGAUUUGCCCCUGACACCGGCAGUUGCGAGCGGUGGGGUUCUCAGAAUCCCAUUCAAGAACGAAAACAUUUAUGCGAAACAUGUCAGCGACGACGGCACGGAGAAGUAUAUUGCCACGGUUCCCGACCUCAUCUCGGUCUUGGACACUCAGUCCGGUCGUGCUUUGGGGGUGCCGGAGUUUCGGUACGGUGUUAUGGUGACAGUGUUGGGCAUAACGUGUUCGCCACGCUGGACGCAGACGAAGAAGGGAUUGGAGAUUGGGGGGCCAGCGGCGUUUGGGUAUGAUAUCGAGUACAAGCCGUUGGGAGAGUAUAAGGAGCCGAGGAGCGUGGUGUUAGAAUAUGCUAGCAACUCUUAG